AUGUUCAAAUUCAUCACAACACUUCUCGCCUCGCUUAUGGUGGCUCCGGCCCUCGUCGCCGCUCAAGCGGUCGCCACUCCACCUGGGUUUAAUAUCCGACAAGAGCGCCGUUACCGUCACCUUCAGUCAGUACUGGGCAGAGGCGGACCCGGCAUUCCCAUCAGUGCCAAUCGUAAGAAUUGUCAACUCACAUUCGGCGUUGCAAUCCCUCAUGGUUUUUCUUUCGGUCUUGCGACGGUCGAUUAUCGCGGCUACUACUUCCUCGACUCGAGAGUGACUGCCACCCAGCAAACCAUCUAUUACUUCCAAGGUCAACUUGAACAAGCCACCGCCCGCUCCAAUCUAGCAGGACCAGUGGACGGCAAAGACUACACCUACCGUGAUUCCUUCGAUCUCGUCGCCGAAGUCAAGAGUCCGUGCGGUGCAACGACCGUCCUCAACAUCGGGAGCGAUAUCCGGGUCAGCAAUAGCGCCAACAGAGCUGGGAGCGGGUACAUUGCCACGGAUUCGAUCGACACCACCCUCAAGCAGACCUUCAGCUUCCAAUGGCUCAAGUGUUGA